ACCACUUCUCUCAGUCAGUCCUCAUCAUGCGCAGGUAGGACCAACUCCAGGGAGGGGAAUAUUUUACAUCCACAGCUCCUUCUUUUCCUCGCACCUUACUUCUGAGCGCGUCACUGACGAGACCCACUUGUCUCCAAUCCCAUCCAAUCCCAUCACGGAGUGGAGAGAAGCAUGGCCUUCCGCUGCUCUGGUUUGAGGAGAAGGGAACAAUGCCAUCCAUCAGUGUCAGCACCCUCUCUCCUAUGUGUGGCUCUUCUUUCCCAACUCGCUGCACCGGCUCUUGGACAAUUAGAUCUGAGCCGACUGGACGGCGAUACCGUCUGCCCACCGAUACGAAACGGACAAGAUGACCUUCCAGGUUUCGAUCUGAUCACCCAGUUCCAGCUGGACGUGGUUCCCCUGAAAGGUGUGAGGAAGGUGGACGGCUCCACGCCCCUCCAGGUGGCCUACCGUCUCGACAGGGAGGCCAACUUUCAAAUUCCGACCAUGCUUAACUUUCCUCGGGGCUUCCCGGAUGAGUACUCCUUCAUGACCACCUUUCGCAUGAUCAAGAACACGGUGAGCAAGGUGUGGAACGUCUGGCAAAUAGUGGAUGAAGAUGGCCACAAGCAGGCUGGGCUCAGGCUCAACGGCGACCAGCAGGCCCUGGAGUACUUUCUGAUGGGCGCGGACGGAAACCUGCAGACCGUCACCUUCCCUGGCCUAUCUGUGCUCUUCAACACUAAGUGGCACAAGGUGAUGGUCGGUGUCGAGCGCGACCAGGUCACGUUGUACGUUGACUGCCAGCCGGUGGACCAGAAACCCAUCAAGGGUAAAGGGCCAAUCAACACCGAAGGAGACACUCUCAUUGGCAGGCUGGAUGCUGAUCCCGAUGCUUCUGUGGUGUUUGAACUCCAGUGGAUGUUAAUUCACUGUGAUCCAAAGAGAGCCCAGAGAGAGAGCUGCAAUGAGCUGCCUGCCACCGAGAUGUUUGCCAAUGCUGAGCCUGACAAAUCCCUACAAGGUCCCCCAGGGCCCCCUGGCCCAGAGGGCCCUCGGGGUGUCCCAGGAGAAAGUGGCAGGGAUGGAAGAGAUGGUUUUCCAGGGACUCCAGGGAUUCCAGGGGCUCCUGGCAGCAAAGGGGAGAAGGGAGAGAUCGGUCUUCCUGGGCAGAGAGGUCUCCCUGGUCUUCAAGGAUCUCCUGGUCCCAUUGGCCCAAUGGGUCCAAGAGGACCUGUAGGAGAAAGAGGUCUGCCUGGCUUUCCUGGACCCGCAGGUCCUCCUGGUCCAGCAAGUGAAGGACCUCCUGGUCCACCAGGGAAGCCAGGAACUCCAGGAGAUGAAGGAAACAUUGGACCUGAGGGUCCACCCGGACCAAGAGGUGGGGCCGGGACUCCAGGGCCACCUGGCCCACCUGGCCCACCAGGGCCUGUGGGACCGCCCGGUGCCAACAGUGAGGGAAGUGGGGAAGCUUGUCCUGCCGCCUGCCCUGCUGGACCUCGGGGACUGCAUGGGCUGCCAGGGAUGAAGGGACACAAAGGGUUGUCAGGCGAGCCUGGGAAAGAUGGAGAGCCUGGAGAAAAGGGGGUCGCUGGAGAACCAGGUCCUCAAGGUCCACCAGGUCGCAUGGGAGAUGAUGGACAAAGAGGACCGAUUGGAUUCCCAGGAACCACUGGGGAGAAAGGAGACCGGGGUGCUCCUGGUUACAACGGCGUCCCUGGACCCACUGGUCCACCUGGAGCUCCUGGUGUGGAGGGAGCCCGAGGACGGCAAGGAUUGCCAGGGCCAAAAGGCGAUGAUGGAGCUGUGGGACCUCAAGGACAGCCGGGUGUUAAAGGAGAAAAGGGCGAAAUUGGUGAGCCUGGCAUGGAUGGACUGGAUGGGAUUCCUGGAUCUAAUGGUACCAAGGGAGAGCCCGGUGUACCAGGAGCUGUUGGAAUUAGGGGGAUUGUUGGUAUUCCGGGGUUGCCAGGGAAGCAGGGAGUAGCUGGACCCCCUGGAGAAAAGGGUGCAACCGGUUCCGAGGGACCCAUGGGGCCAGUUGGGCUACGGGGAAAAACUGGAGAACCUGGAAAUGAUGGAGAGGACGGAAAACCAGGAGAAAAAGGAUCCACUGGUGAAACAGGAAAACAAGGGCCUAUGGGGCCUGCAGGUCCACCAGGAAUACAGGGUGACAAAGGAGUUAAAGGUGCCACUGGGGCCAAAGGAUUGAAAGGUCAUACAGGGCAUAAAGGUGAUCAGGGAGCAACUGGACCUGUGGGACCAAAAGGAAGUCAGGGAGACCCAGGUCUGACUGGAGACUCUGGUGUAAAGGGAGAUCAGGGCCCUCCUGGUGUGCCUGGCAUCAAAGGAGAGCGUGGAGAAAAAGGUCAAAGAGGAGCUACAGGAGCUGAAGGGAGACCUGGUCAGCCAGGACAUGAAGGUGUGGGAGGUCCCAUGGGAGCUCGAGGGUUGGACGGAGAUCCAGGUGUUCCUGGACCACCGGGUCCCAGAGGUUUACCUGGCCCAAAAGUGACUGAUGACACGCUUCGGGAAAUGUGCUCAGCAGUCGUCGCAGAACGAUUAGAGGAGUUUAUGAAAGAAUUUUUGAAGAAGCCAGCAGCCAUUGGUGCUCCUGGUACACCUGGACCAGCAGGACCUCCAGGACUCCCUGGACCAGCUGGAGCAGCAGGGGCAGCAGGCAUUCCAGGUCCAAUGGGUCCCAAAGGUCACCCAGGCUACUUUGGUCUUCCAGGUGCACCUGGAAACAAAGGUGAAGCUGGACAAAAGGGAGACAGAGGAGAAAAGGGAGAGGACGGUGUGGGAACCAAAGGAAGUCCAGGGUCACCAGGUGUACCAGGUGUUCCAGGUCUUCCUGGUGUUGGCAAAGAUGGGAAAAACGGGCAGCGUGGUGAAACAGGAAGUCCAGGAACCCCAGGACCUGCUGGUCCAAGGGGGCCGUCAGGACCACCUGGUCUUUGUGACCCAUCUACUUGUAUAAGCAGACUUCCACCUCUCUAUAUGGUCAGUGGGAAGAAAUCAUCCUCAUACAAAAGUCCGUGAGACAUCCAGAGCUCAGUGACAUUCUCCAGACCUCAUCCAGCCAGCGACCAUGUUUCAGGGCUCCUCAUAAACCCAAGCAUGGUGCUUUUUUUUUUUUUUUUCGGGAGUCUCCAUCGGCACCACAACUCAAAGAGAGCCCGAGGGACAAAGAGAUGGGAAACGACUGCACAAAACUGUAGAGACAUUUUAACUUCAGUGUUUUUAGAGGAAAUUUAGACAUUGGUGAGAAAUCACUUCUACGGUUGCUGAGCAGAUUCUGUGUUCUGACAACAGGACCUAAGGCUCAUGGCAUAAAGAUGAGCUAUAACAUUUUGUUACCCCUGACAUUUAGCCCUUUCAGAAAACAUUUGUCAACAUGUUUAAAAAAAAAGUGAUUUCCACUCCUGCAUGUGAUUCGGCCUAUUUAAAAGCUCAGAACAGAUGUCAACCCUGUGCUCCCGGUGAAUUAUAAUGAUUUAUGUGGCCAGUUGUGUCUUCUUUUUGAAACAUUGGAAUAAAGUGUUGUGUUUUGAGAGUGUUUGCACAGUAACAAAUUCAAAUUCCCUGCCUGUGUGUUUGCAGGAUCAUGCACUCUUAAAAGAAGCUGAUUAUGAUCUGUUUGGGAUGGUUUGAACAUGAUCUGUGACAUCCCACAGCCUGUACAUUAAAAUGGUUUUGUUGUUGAAAUAAAACAAGAUCCCUGGGUUGUUAAA